AUGGGCCUACUGAAUUUUGUGAAGCGCAACAAAAAGGAUUCUUUGCCGGAUCCAAUUGUUGUCGAACAUGAGCCUGAGCCUGAGCCCUUGUCACUACCAGAUCUAGAGGCCUUUAGGUCACCUAUUGCCGACACUUUUAUGUCACCUGUGGCAACCGCUCCUGCUGACACUAGCUAUAGUUUACUCGACGACAUUUGGAAAGAACUGACACCUAGUCAAGCUGCUGUACUGCCAACGCCGCCUGUACCACUAGCGUUUACAUCAAUCCCUGCAGUACAGACACCCAAUAAUUACACAGCAGUCCAUGAUCUUCGUAGCCCUAGAGUCUCCUCACCAGCCCGUCCAACUCCUGUAUCAGCUCCUAUUAGCCCACCAGUAACCCCUCUAUCAAAAGUGGGUCCCCAGCCUCCAUUCAUGAGAAACACCGAGGCGGAUCCAGAACCCAAGGAAGCCCGCAUUGUACGUUCCCCUUCACGCCCAGUUUUGGUUAAAAAGUCUCCAGAAUCCCCAAAACCGGUUAAGCAACUGCAGCACUCUCCAUCCGUACCGCAGUUGUCAUCUAUCCAUCCUAUUCAGCUCGGACAGCCGCCUGUUAUCUCAAAAGCCCUGAUGAGUAGAAUGAAGGAAAGACAUCGUCAAGAAUACCGUCUCACCUCUCAACCAACCUUUCAAGAGCGUCAAGUCAGCUCGCCUUCAAUGCCAAAUCUUUAUCGUAUGGCAAAUGAACAGCAGCAGCAACAGCAGCAACAGCAAGCAUAUAUGCCUCGCCACAAGUUGCCUCAGUCCAAGUCGUACGGCAGGUUAAAUAUCCCUGUUAAUAACAUGAUCCAGUCUCCUUCAUUAGCCAUGGACAUUUAUCGACAGCCUGCCCUCCAAAUACAGACUGAUAUCCUGCCGAUACAUUCGAUGUAUCCUGGUCAGCCUGCUCCUUUUAUGAUGGCUGAUCGCCCGAUGCACAGACCUGACUUAGUAAACGGACAGUCCAAAUUACAAAGGUCCAAGUCAGCUUAUCCAGCCAUGCAGCAGGACUCCCCCAUAUUACCCACGACUGGUGCCCGCCGUCCACUCCUGACAUUUGACCCCUCCGAGCAGCUUCCGCCGCCACCGCCACCCAAUACCACACCUAUUACUGGGGAUAUCGUGUAUGAGAAAGCCGAAUCCCCGACCAAGCCUGAGAAAGCCAAGGCCGAAAAGACCAAGACUGAAAAGGUCAAGGGCGAUAAACUAAAGGUAGAGGCUGCAACCGAACCAACUACAGCCGAGAACAAGUCAGACGCCAAAGACGGGGAUAUCAAGACAGACAGCCCAAGACCUGCUUUGUCACACGUCAAACCAUUGCUGAUUCACAAAAAGACAAGAUCAAUGUCAGAGCAUUCUAUGAAGCGCAUGCCUAUUACACCCCCGGAAUGGAUCCCCCCUGUGCCCAUGCCUAGUAUUUCUCUGCAAACAGAUGGUUCUUCAGACAUGCAGAGCAGAAAGUCGGCUGUUUCAAUAAUGAGCCAAGACAGAAUCAUCUGCCGUCUUUCAGGGCUACCCAAUAAGCUAAAGAAAGAGCUGGGCUGGAUGCGUAUGCGUAAAGCUCAUUAUUCUGUACCUAACUUGCCUUCAUAUGCAGACACUGAAGACAGAAGAGACUGUGAGUCACUUCGUUCGGCCAACGACAACGACCAUCACAAUGAGCAGAAUGUUUAUCGCCAGCAGUAUUCUAACCCUUACCCUCAACAGCAGCAGAUGAUGCUCUGUAGUGCAAGACAACAUCAAACUCAUCCAUGGCCUCCUAUGCACUAUUACCACCAGCAAUAUCCAUUUUAUUCUCCACCUGUCUGUCACAAACAUAAUGGGCCAAUCAGCCAUACAUCAUCUAGCCGAAUGCAUCUUGAAGAGGGGCGUAAAAUGCGAUCCUCAUCUAGUGGUGGCUCUCGUGGCUGUAAGAAACACCAGCAUCAUCACCACCAUCACCAUCAUCAUUACCCUCCUACCCCAGCUUAUUUCCACAGCCAGGGACAGCCCAAGUGUACCUCAAUUCUGACACAUCAUGCACCAGAGCAGCCAGAAAACGAAGAAAAAGAAGUAAAGGUUGAUAAGACGGAGACAGUGCCAGUAGCAGCACCAGCAGCACCAGCAUCAGUAGCAGUAGGAGUGCCAGUAGGAGUGUCAGUGGCGGAGGUGGAGAAAGUGGAAGCGGUGGCGGUUUAA